GAUAGAUGUCACAGGUCCUAGCCUGUAGACAUCUUUGACUCCACCUUCCUGAACAGUUUUAUUCCUUAGAGUUAAUGUAAGCUGGUGGCUUCUGGAUGAGAUGUUUGCUAUUGCUUUCCUCCUCUUGUAUUUGGUGACUUGGCAGCUGGGGGUAACGACACAGGAGAAGGUGAACCAGAGAGCAAGUCAGGCUGUGACCCCCAAAGCGGUUGCCUGCCAGCUGAGCAACUGGUCUGAGUGGACAGAUUGCUUUCAAUGCCAGGACAAAAAGUACCGAUAUCGGAGCCUCUUGCAGCCCAACAAGUUUGGGGGAACCAUAUGCAGUGGUGAUGUCUGGGAUCAAGCCAGCUGUUACAAUCCCACACCUUGUCUAAGACAAGAACAGUGUGGACAGGAUUUCCAGUGCACGGAGACAGGUCGCUGCCUGAAACGCCACCUCGUGUGUAAUGGAGACAGGGACUGCCUUGAUGGCUCUGAUGAGGACAACUGUGAAGAUGUCAGGGCCACAGAAAAUGACUGCAGCCAGUAUGAUCCGAUUCCAGGCUCAGAGAGGGCAGCCCUGGGGUACAAUAUCCUGACUCAGAAAGAAGCUCAGAGUGUGUAUGACGCCAGGUAUUAUGGUGGCCAGUGUGAGCUGGUAUACAACGGGGAAUGGAGAAAGCUGCAGUAUGACCCCACCUGUGAGCGUCUCUAUUAUGGAGAUGAUGAGAAGUACUUUCGGAAACCGUACAACUUUCUGAAGUAUCACUUUGAAGCCCUGGCAGAUACUGGGAUCUCCUCAGAGUUGUACGAUGAUGCCAAUGACCUUUUUUCUAAAGUGAAAAAUGACAGGUCUACGUCAAAUGGAUUCAGCUUUGGCAUCGGAGUGCCGAACACCCCUAUAACAGUGGGUGUGGGUUUAUCCGACUCAGAAGACUCUUCAGUCUUGAAUAAGUUAAGCAAGUUUAAUGAGAAGAAAUACAGCUUCAUGAGAAUCUUCACGAAGGUGCAGACUGCCCAUUUUAAGAUGAGGAGACAGAAUAUCAUGUUGGAUGAAGGAAUGCUGCAGUCGUUAAUGGAGCUUCCAGAGCAGUACAAUUACGGCAUGUACGCCAAGUUCAUCAAUGACUAUGGCACCCACUACAUCACAUCUGGAUCCAUGGGUGGCACUUAUGAAUAUAUCCUGGUGCUCAACAAAGAAAAAAUGGAAUUGCUUGGUACUACCAGCAAAGACAUUGAGACAUGCAUUGGAGGUGGCCUCGGCUUGGAAUAUGAUGAUUUUAUCAAAAUUGAAGGAAGUUUAUCUGGAAAAUAUUGUGAAAGAUCUGGAACUGGAGAAAAAGACAAGAGGGCCACGGCUGUGGAAGACGUCAUUUCUCGGGUGCGAGGUGGCAGUUCUGGCUGGGGCGGUGGCUUGACACAAAACAGCAGCGCCAUUACAUACCGUUCCUGGGGGAGAUCAUUAAAGUAUAAUCCUGUUGUUAUCGAUUUUGAGAUGCAGCCCAUCUAUGAGGUGCUGCGCCACGCAAACCUGGGGCCGCUGGAGACCAAACGCCGGAACCUGCGCCAGGCCUUGGACCAGUACCUCUUGGAAUUCAACGCCUGCCGCUGUGGGCCCUGCUACAACAAUGGGGAGCCCAUCCUGGAGGGCACCAGCUGCCGAUGUCAGUGUGGCCUGGGUCGCCAGGGCCCUGCCUGUGAGCGGAUGGAGCUAGAGGGAGCCAAAGCUGAUGGUCGCUGGAGCUGCUGGAGCUCCUGGUCUGCGUGCAGAGGAGGCACCCAGGAAAGGAGGAGAGAGUGCAACAACCCUGCACCCCAGAACGGAGGCGCCUCAUGCCCAGGGCGGGAAGUGCAGACCCGGGCCUGCUGA